AUGUUCAAAGGAUUAUUAUCCUAUUAUUUACUAUUUGCUUUUGAAAUUUCAAACAUCUAUUGUCUAAGAACAAUGAAUUUACAAUAUCCAGUCUAUACAUUCUCAAUUCAGAAUAAUCAAAUAGAAAUGGAGAAUGAUCUCUGUGGUAUUUUUGGUGUUUGGAGUAGAUAUAUGCCAUUAAGUAAUAUUGUUCAAGUUGGAAAUAUUGGAAUACUUGAUAGCAAUUGUUUUCAUCUUCUUAAUGCACAAGAAUAGACAACAAAAAGAAUCAACUUUUUACACUACGAAUGUCUUGAUUUUGAAACAAAAUAGAUCCACAAAUAUGUAUAAUUUAUAGAUAAUUCUGGCAUUGAUCAUAUUAUUAAAAUACCAAUAGAUGAUACAUUUUAUGAAAAUGUCUGGUAUUAUAUUGAAUUUAGACUAUAUCCAACUGAAAAACUAUUUAAAAUUCAUCUCCAACAGCAAGGACAAUAACCUUUAUCAUAAAACUACUAGAUUGAAAAGCCAUUUUAUGAUUAAUACCUAAUUGUUAUUGUUGGAGGAGAUUUGAAGAUACAGAAUAAUUAAUAACUGUACACAUCUUAAAAUGAAAAUUUGUCCUACUUUCCAGGAAAAAUUAGAGUGCAAGACUUUUAUUAAUCUUACGUUUUAGAAUAUUGUGAAGAUUAUAAUGAAUUUAUUGAGGAGAAUUAUGGUGCUUGUGAAUGUAGAAUAAGUUAUAAAAUACCAAUAAAUGAUUAGAUAAUUUCAAAAUAAGAUAAAUUAUUUUUUAUUUCAGAAAAUAUCAAUUGUGAGACAUUUUUACUAUCUGGUUGGAUUAAAAUUAAUGAUAUCCAUACUUAUGUUAAAGAAUUUGAUUAUAAGUUUUUGAAAUUAUUUGGAAAUUUUAUGAAACCUUAAUUAACAGAUGAUAAUUUGGCUGCAUUUUAAUUAACCUAUAGGAUAUCUUCAAAUGGAAAUUAGAUAAUAGUAAGUACUUAUAGUUAUACUUUUCCAACAGUAAAUAUAGAUUUUUCAAAAAAUUCCUUUUUAAUUGAGGAAGUUUUCAACUUUGCUAGUAAUAUUAAACUAUGGCACUAUUUGGUAGUUAGAAAAUAUAAAACUAAUAUUAAUAUUUAAAUAACUUUUUAUGAAGGAUAUCGAUAAGAGAAAUUCGAGUUUAACAAAGAAGUAAAGUAAUUUAAUUUACUCUAAUUUAAAUUAUUAUACGGCAAUUUAUUUUAACUAUCAUCAAAUUACUUAAAAUUAUAGAUAUAAGGCUUUUAAUUUUAGAAUUGUCCUGAUUUUUAAGAAUAACCUAUAGACUGUCAUGCUACUUGUAAGGAAUGUGAUGGUCCAACACAAAAUGAUUGCUUAUCGUGUUUUGAAUCAUCAAAUAGAAUAUAUUUACCAGAAUUUAAGUAGUGUCUCUGUAAAUAUGGAAUGAUUGACCAGGGAUAUAUUUGCAUAACUUAAUAAAGUCUAAAUUUAACAACAACUUCAGACUAAUUCACUUAUAAUGGUUGUAAAUAUGGCUAUUAUGAAAUGGAUGGUAUUUGUGAGAAAUGGUAUUAAAUAUUAUUAUUCAAUUAGUCCAUCUAUUAUUUCUAAAAAUCUUGUCACAUGUCUUGAAUGCCUAUAGAAUACUAAGGAAUGGCUUAGUACUGGUUGUUGUGAAAUAAUUAUUUAUUCUGACAAUGAAGGAAAUACGCUAAAAUAAUUUGAGGAAUUUGGUUGUCAUUUUUUGAGUGGAAAUAAAGUUCUAGAUGAAGAUAUUUGCUUAAGUUGUGAUAUCAUGGAACCUGAUAUUAAAUAUCCAUAUCCAAUACCACGACUAGCUUAUUGUUAUUAACCCUAUUAUAGAAAUUUUGAGAAAAAAUGUAUUCUCUGUGAUAUCAAAUAUUGUGUAUAUUGUUUUUAAUAUUUUGAAAGUGAUUAAACAAAAACAACUCUAGAUUAAGUAUUUGAUUAUGAUAUUGUUGGAGAGGAAAUUAAAACUGGAUGUGCAUAAUGUAUUGAUGGUUUCAUGUAUAGUUUUGAAAAAGAAUAAUGUAUCUAUUAAAAUCCUUCUAUUCCAAAUUGCCUUAGAGCUUAUGUUACUAAAAGUGGAUCUGAAAUUUGCACACUGUCUUCAAUAGAUGACUUUAGUGUUGCUCCAGAAAUUAUCAAUUGCCAACAUCUCAUUUUAAACUGCAAACAUUGUAUCUAAACUCCAGAAAUGAUAAUAAGAUGCGUAAUUUGUGAAGAUGGGUAUAAGGCUUCAGCAAUUACAGGGAUUUGUACAAAAUGUUCUUUUCUUGAAAAUUCCAAAGUAUGUGUUGAAUGGAACUAAUAUAAUCUAGAACCUUGGAAAUGGUUUAUUCAAAGUUUUAGAAUUAAAUUUCUAAAUCUUUAAAAUUUUUAUAAUGUAGGGAUAUUAAGAAUACCAGUAGAAUAUGUCUUAGAAUGUCUAGAUGGAUAUAAAGUUAUUAAUAAUGAGUGCAAGAAAUAUUGUAAUGAUAAUUGUUUAGUUUGCAAAGCAAAUACAUUAAAGAGUUAUUUUUAUUGUGAAAAAUGCGGCUUGAACAAAUACAAAUAGCCGAUUAGAUUUUAAAAUAAUGGUAUAUGUAUUGCUUGUUCUUCAUUAUGCUAAGCCUGUGAAGAAAGAUCAACUGAAGAAAUAUAAGUAUAAUAUAAAUAUAGUGUAAUAGAAUAUAAAUUCGCAGUUUGUUAGAACUUCUGAGAGCUCCAUAUACACCUUAAAAUGCCUUCAAAAAGUUCCAUUACCAAAUAUUACAAUUGAUCCUAUUUUAUCAAUUGCAUACUAUUGCUUUAAUGAAGAUUGUGAUCGCCUUUUAGAAUAUACUGUACUUUAUUUUUUUUUCCUUUAGGUUUUAAGUUAAAUUUUUGAUUAUAUAGAAGCAUAUUUUAAUUAUGAAUAUUUUAAUGAAAUUGGCCUUUAACAGAUAGCAUUAAUCCUGAAAAUGAAUUCAGAAUAUGCAGAUCGAUAUUAUCCUACAUUUAGUAAUGAUUUAAAAGAAAAAGUAUUUUCUCUUUAAUUGGUUUAAGUGAGAUUAGAGGGAGAUCUAUAACCGAUUAAUUUUAGUCCUUCAUUCAAGAUUCUUAAUUGCGAUGAAAUUACAAUUAAAUAAAUAGUUUAUAAUAUUCAAACUAAAUUAGAAUUAACAUUUCAAAAUAGAGAAUAAUCUAUAAGUGUUAACAUUAUUGAUAUAAGCUUUUAUUCUGAUCAAGCUAAUCCAAUUUAACUUUAAAUUAUUGAAGAUAAUAAUCUCAAUUAUAAUUUAUAAAAUGUACUUAUUUAUGAUGCAAAUAUUUACAAUUCUUCAAUUUUUUCAGUUACAUAAACUGAUUUAGAAGGCAUUAUCAAUAUAACUAAUUUAACACUGUCAAAUUGUAGCUUUUAAAAUUCGACUUUGCUUUUUUUCUCAAAUUUUAAUAAGAAGAUCAUAAUUGAUAAUCUAACAAUUAAUUCUUGUCAGUUUUAUAACUCAUCAAUAAUUAGAUUCAAUUUCACAUCUUUUUAUUUUGCUGACAUAAUCAUCAAAAAUGUCAAUAUUUAGAACUCAUUGUUUCAAGAUUCAAUAUUUUUAUACAACAAUGCAAAUUCAAGUGUAAAGAUUAAUUAAUUUUUACUUCUAAAAAGUUAAAUUAAUGGUUCAAGGUUUAUCUCAUUCAGUAAGGAUUUUUAGUUUAAUAAUGCUUUAUUGAAGGAAAAUCUACUUAAAGAUGUUUAACUUCUAUUAUAAUUAUCAUUAAGUUUUUUGAAUUCAAAGAUUAUGAUUGAUAAUUUUAAAAUUUUGAAGAAUGAAUUUUUUAAUUUCUAAAUCUUUAAUACAGAAUUAAAUUAAGUAAUGAAUUAAGUUCAUUCAACAUUAUCUUAUUUUUAAUUUGAAGAUAAUUUACCUGAUCCUCAAGAAAAUUAGUUAUAUCUUUUUAUUAUUACAUGUUAACACUUAUUGAUAUCUAAUGUUUUAUUAAAAAACACUUAAAAUUUUAGGUUUUUUUCUUUCAUUGCUAUUCCUACAAUAAGAAUAGAAAAUAUUAUUUAUGAGAAUUAAUAUUAGUCAGAGAAAGUACCUUUUACUAUUGAAUGUUUGUAAAAUAGUGCAACAAACUCAUAGUUGUUGUAAGUUCAAGGUUUCUCAAACAUUAUGUUACAAUAUAUUUAAAUUAAAAAUUAAAUCAGUAUAGAUAAAUCUAUAAUUUCAAUAUAAUCUAAUCCUUUGGUAGAUUUUAACCAAAUUGAAUAAAUAUUAUUUAGAGAAGUGACCUUUAUCGGAAACAUACUGCUAAAAAUAAACUUAGGAAUUUUUUUUUCCUUAUUUGAAAUCUACUCAGAGAAAACUUAAAAAAUAACUAUAGAGAAUAUAAUAUUUUAAGAAAAUAUAUUUCAUUCAUAUGAAGCUGAUCCAUCAGAUAAUUCUGCUAGUCUGGCUCAUAUUGAAUCAGGAGAAAGUAAAAUAAGGAUAAGCAAUAUCCUUUGUUCUAACAACACUUUAACAAAUUCAUCUAAUUCAUUUAUUUCUAUCAUUUCAGAUGAAAUUUCAGUUGAAAAAUUUUAAACUUUUAAUCAUAAUUAUUUAGAUGUUAAAUUAUGGUAAAAAUAUUAUUAAUUGCAAAUUCAUAGUCAAUUUAAUUAGAAUCAAAUUAUUUAUCUUAUCAAGAAUACAUAUAAAAUAGAUACUAUCGGAGGAGGUCUAUCAAUUACGGCCUCAUAAAUAUAAUUUAAUAAUGGUUUGUUUAAUAAUAUCAUUGCUUCAAGUAGCUUAAUUUUUAAAAUAAACUUAAAAGGCAAUGGAAUUGUAAUUAUAAAGAAUUGUGAUAUUGCUUAUGCUUAAGCUUAAUUAACUUCUACAACCUAAGUUAAUGGAGCCAUGACAAUUGAUGCUAGGAGAAGCUUAUUAAUAAUUUAAAUAGAAAAUUUAAACUUAAAAUAUGUAUAGAAUAAGCUAUCAUCUUCAAUCUUUUCUAUAACUCCAUCAUUGAUUAAGAAUAAGAUAACUUUAAAGUAAAUAUACGCUUUAAAUUGUUUUUCUCUUUUAAAUCAACUUUUACAUUUAGAGUUUGAUUAUAAAAAUGCUGAAAACAAUAUAGUAAUUAUAGAAAAUUUACAUAUUUUAUAAACUGAAGCUGCCUUUAUGCUUUAUGUUUAAUCAGUUGGAAAACUAAACCGUAUAGAUAUUGAAAAAGCAAUCUAAGAUAAUGCUAUCUUAAAUAUGAUAGGUUGUUAGGCAUAUAUUAAAUAAGUUUUAAUCGAAGGAGUGUUGUCAUCAUCUAUUUUAAAAAUAGUAGAUUAUGCGAAGAUUGUCCUUACUAAUUUCUAAUUUUAGUAUAUUUCAACUUUUUAUCCAUUACAUUUAAUAGAUUUAUCUUAAACCAAUGUACUUUAAUCAGAUUUAAUGCUAAACAAUUUUUCAAUAUAGAAUGGGAACUCAUUUUAGUUCAAUAAAUAUUAGUUAAAUUAUUAUUAGAAUAAUUUAAAUGUUGAUUAAUAAAUUAAAUAAUGUACAUUAAUAAGUGAUUAUGUAACAGAUCAAUCAUCUGACUCAGAAUCUAUUCAUAUAUUUUUUGAAGAAAUGAUUUAGAAUUCUAAUCAAAAUGGUUCGUUAAUACGUAUAAAUAGUAUAACUAAUUAAACCCCAAUAACAGUAAAAAAAAUAUUAAUUCAAAAUAAUAACUGCGAACAUUGUUUGAAUGGUCUAUUGUAUUUUGAAUUAGUAGAUUUUAAAAUUAUUAAAAUUUAAUAAAUUUAAUGCGUAUUGAACUUUAUUAAAAGAAAUGGGUGUAUUUUAGCAAUAUCAAAAAAUAGCUUAGAUAGAAAAUUUAUAAUUGAUCAAUCAACAUUUAUCUCAAACUAAGGAACUUAAGGAACAGGAGUAUAAGGUUAAAAUAUAAGAGUUGUUUUAGCAAACUCCAGAAUUAUUAAUAAUGUUGCUUCCCAAAAGGGGGGAGGAAUUUAUUUUAAUCCAAUUUUAAGUAGUUUUUUAUUAUAUUAAACAGUUAUUUGCUAGAAUUCAGCUUAAAUAGGAGGGGGUGUUUACCUUGAGGGGAAUAGCAGUUUAAGUAAUUAUAAUUUUAUAUAAUCACUCAUGAUUUAAAAUUCAGCUCAAGUAUCUUCAAAUAAUCUUUAUGAAGUACCCUCUCAUUUAGCUUUGUAGAUUAAUUAUUAAGUAAUGCAUUCUCUGAAAUAAGAAAUUGAUAAUCAAAUAAUUUAUCUACUAUAAUUACAUCCAUAUAAAAUUAUCUCUCAGAAUCAAGUGAUAACAACAAAUUAUUUAACUAUACCAAGUGGUUAAAUGCUGGCAAAUUAUGAACUAUAUAAUCCUAAACUAAGGAAAUACAUAUCUUACCUAAAAGAAAUUUCUGUAAUAUUUAAAAAUAGUCGGAAUGAAAAAUAGCAUAGCAUUAUAAACUCAACAUGCAAUUUAACCUAAGAAAUUUAUGAUAUAUAAUCUUAAAUAGCUUUAGAUAGUUUAUAAUUAUAUAGCAUUGGCUAUAAUUCAGAUACAAAUAAAUUUGAUAUAGGUUCAACAAAGUUCAAUUUUGAUCCAUAUUAAUAAGAAUCAAAAAAAUAUGAAAUUUUGGUAGAAUGUAAAACAGAUUAUUAAUAUAAAAUUUUAUCUUAUAAAAUGAGAGUCAACAGCUUUUUCUGUUAAUUAGGUGAAUUUUAUAUUUCUGAGGGUUGUUAAGCAUGCUAAUCAGAAUAAGGGUUUUAUUCUGUAACAUACAACAGUACAAAAUGCUCAAUUUUUGAUAAAACUAAAUUUGAGGCUAUAACAACUAAUUAAAUUUUAUUAAAGCCUGGUUAUUGGAGACCAAACUAUAUUUCCGAUUAUGUUGAACUCUGUUAUAAAAACAUUUACUAGUGUAAAGGUGGUUGGUCAGUCGGAGACGAUAUUUGUAAUAAAGGUCAUAUUGGAGGAUUGUGUGAGGAAUGUGAUAAUUUUAAUAUUAAAGGAGAUGGAUAAUUCUUUAAGAAUUAAUAGCAAUUAGAUUGUUAAUAAUGCCAAGAGUUGUCAAAAAGAGUGAUAGCCUUUCUAUUGAUUUUAAUUUGGUAUAAACUCUUAUUAAUUUAAGGGCUCUUUUAUCCACUUUAUUAACAAUAAGGAGUAUUGAAAAAUCUAAUUUACUAUUUAGGUAUCUUAAAUUAAAAUUAAAAUUUGCAGAUAUCCUAUUCAAUUUAGAUUAAGGUAAAUAAUAUAUUAAUUUAGAUCAUGAAAGUAUAUUGCUUAAAUUAUAUUUAAAUUAUUUAUGGAUAUUUUCACUUAUCUUCACAUUUAACAUUAAUUUUUCAUUCUCUUUGAGCUUUCUUAAGUAAUCUAGUGAUACUACUUAUUUUAUGGCUAAUUUUUUUGAAUGUUUUUUAUCUGAAAUAGAAGGCAUUGAAUUGAUAUAUAGCAGAAUUAUACUUACUGUUGGAUUAAUUAUAAGUUAAGUGUUAAUAAUCUAAUUUGGGUUUGCUUUAUUUUCCUUUUUCACAGCCUAAAAAUAUAAAAGUAGAAUUAUGUCCAACACAAUUCUUUAUUUGUAUAUUUAAAAUUAUGCAACAUUAAUUAAAUAGUAAAAUUAAUUUAUUAUUAUUAGAUUCUUUUCUACUUUAGCAAUUAGAAAGAUUUCCUAAAUUGACUACAUAUAAGGUGAUGUAUCUUUACUUUAUGGAUCGAAUAAUCAUUUUAAUUGGAUAUAUGCUUUUAUAAUCCCUGGUUCAGCAUUAUUCGGAUUAAUAAUACCUUUAUCAUUAUAUAUCUUUCUAUAUUUAAAGAAGAAUGAUCUAAACAAAAUUAAGUAUAGAAGUCAUAUUGGAUAUUUAUUCAACGAAUAUACUAGAAAAAAUUAUUUUUGGGAAUGGAUAAAACUUUGGAAUAAAACUAUUAUAAUCAUUAUUUUAAUAUAUUUUGAAACUGAUAUAUCAUUAAAAGCUUCAUCGUUAGGAUUGUGUUUAUUAAUAUACUAAUACUUAUCCCAGCAUUUCAAGCCUUAUAACCUCCAAAAAUUUAAUUUAUUAGACAUUCAAACUGGAUAGCUUUGUUCUAGCGCAAUAUUUUUUGCAGCCGUCAAAUACAUAUGCGAUUAAUAAGAAAAUUAUACCCUUUCAUCCCUCAUUUAAACCAUCAUAAUACUUAUUAGUUUAAUCUUAAGUUACCCUUUUAUUAGAGGUAUACUAAAGGUUUAUUUCAAAAAAUAUAAGCCAGGCGUUUUCGAAAUUAUGCUUACAAUUUGUAAAAAAUGUUAUCCAAAUUCUAAAUUUACAAAAUAUUUAAGCUUAAGACUUAUAAUAUUGAGAUAGAGAGAGAAGAAAAUUAAGAGCCACUUUUAAAAAAUGAAAUAAGCCUUUAAGAAAAGGAAAUAAAAUGAAAAGAAGCAGUAAAUUGUAUUAUUUAUUCUAGGUAAAAAAUUGUUUUGAAUAGUAAUUUAUCAAAAAAUAAUACAAUGAAUUUACUAUUAAUUCAAAGUCAGAAAAAGGAAUUUGAUAACUCCUGA